AGCAUUUUAAUUACUGAUAAGCCAUGUUGAGUUCUCUCAAAUCUGAUGAUGAGGAUUCUAAUUUUAGCACUGUACACUUGUUUAUCAGGCAGCAGGUGAGAGUGGUUUAUUGUGACAAUUGUCAGCUCCACAAGGGACCCUUGAGCUAAAGUGACUAAUGUUUAACAGAGUGGUGUGUUAUUGAUGAUGAAUCUCCCUUAGUAACACUGCAGCCACACUCGUUUUGGCACACUAUACCUUAGGGUGAGGAAAUAAAAUACCUGCUGCUAUUUAGAAUUUUAGACAGUAAAUGUAUGUUUAAUAUCUAGCAGUACUUUGCAUACAAAUUCUUUGUUAAAUUCUGUUUAUGAAGACAACUACUUAGAGUGUGACCGCACUGCUGAUCUUUUGGAAUUUGAGAUAAUGCCAAACAAAGCCCAAGAGGUAUGUGUAAAAUGUUUUUAUUUUCACUUACUUGUGUCUUAUAUUAGCAUAGAUAUUCCAUUGACAUCUUAAUUUAAAUACAUUAUCUUCAGGUUAUUUAGCAUGUUUUGUCUUCUGUUUUUUAGGAUGCUGUAAUUAACUUGAAGACACUGCAGGAGAUUUCCAGUCAGCUUGGUUUUGAGUGGACUAUUUUGGCAUAUGAACUUGGCUUCAACAGAACCGAGACAAGGCGGUUCCACACCAAAUCUACAGAGAAGAGUGUCCAGGCUAGGACCAUGUUGGAAAGCUGGUAUGAGAAGUCAUGGGAUAAGCCCAAUAAGACUAAGGUACUGCAGGAUGGACUGGAGCGAGUAGGCAGACGGGAUCUGGCUGAGAGGUUACGCUGUCUCCACUGGGGCCACCAGAAGCUGAGCCAAAGGGUUGAGCUGCCUUCUGCCUUUCCUUACCUCAUCACAGUCCACAAGACCAUCCACAACCAAGACGCACUACGCAGGAUCAACGACCUCAACCGUCGACACAAAUAAAAGUUGAGAGAAAAUGCACACGGGAUCAAGUCCAUAUUUCUUAUUUUACACGUUUAUAGUAAGAUAUACUGCACACUGUAAGUAGUCUCAAAUAAAUCUACUGAAAUAAUCAUAAAUCAUUGUUGAUUAAAUUAACUAUUCACUUGAAGAAAAGGGCACAUAUGGUGGUGGUCAGCUGGGUUCAAGAAGUCCACAUUACAAAAUCUGAAUGUGCCAUGAACAUGUAUACAGAAAUAAAUAUAUACAUAGGGCAACAAUAAAC